AUGCCUUCUCCAUUCCACCAGAAGUAUUCCAGCCAGACUCAUAAAAUUUUUGGAGACAACACCACGCCAAUGAUGCCCACCGCCCCAAAGCAGGACGCUGACCGAAGGUCGUCGGAUUCAUCGAUCAGCUCAACUUCGGGCUCCCCAACAUCGGAGCGAAGGAGGUCAUCCACAAGCAAAUUUGCAAACCUUGAGGCACUGAAGCGGCCCCAGGAUGAGACGAGUGUGAACAGGAGAUCCAGUCUGCAAGACUCAUAUGGCAAAGUUGGCAUGUUUGGCACGAUGUGGAACAAUUUCACUCGCGGACCAUCCGCUCCCAAAUCACCACCCAAAAUGAAGGAGCCGCGUGACGUAACAACACUUCGGACGGAGUAA